AUGAAAGUCAAAAUAAAAAAGGUUACUCGGAAAAAAGGAAUAGUGGUAGACAAAUAUGACACAGCUAAACUAAACAAUGUGAAUACAUGUGAAAGAUUCAAGUAUCAUAUAUCGGAAAAAGUCAGAAAGAUAGAUGCAGGUAUAAAUGACUCAAUUGAUGUAAAAUGGAAAAAAAUUAAAGAUACUAUAAAGAUUGUGACAGAGUCAGAAAUCGGAAAAGUAAAAGCUGUAAGAAAACCAUGGUUUAACGACAUGUGUGAAGAUGCUCUAAAUCGGAGAAAAGAAGCUAGAAACCAGUGGCUUAAUGACCAACAUAAUAUAGAAAAAGAAAUUGCGUAUAAAGUAUGUCAGAAGAGUGCAAGUAGUGUAUUCAGAAAUGAACAACGAAAAUAUACUCGGAAAUUAUUGGAAGAAGCAGAAGUAGAUUCUAGAAUGAAUAGAACGAGACAGUUGUACCAAAAAAUAAACAGUAUAAGAGGAGGAUUCAGAAAACAUAACAAGUUCUUGAAAAAUGAAGAUGUUUCACUGACAACAGGACAGGAAGAUAUGUUGGAAAAAUGGAGACAAUAUUUUGGCCAACUGCUCAACUGCGAAAAUCCAGANCAACAAAUAUUAAGGUUAAAAAACCAAAAAUCUCCCGGAGAAGAUGGGAUUCAGGGAGAAAUAUUAAAAAAAUUAGAUGAGGAAACAGUAUCAAGAAUAUAUAGUAUUAUUGAAAUUGUUUGGCAGGAGGAAAGACUCCCGGAGGAGUGGAAUACUACGCUAGUGUGCCCUAUUCACAAAAAUAACGACCCCCAGAUAUUCAACAAUUAUAGGGGAAUUGCAUUAUUAAACGUAACCUAUAAAAUUCUUGCAUAUUGCCUAUUAGACAGAAUAAAGCCGAUUGCCGAAGAAAUAAUAGGGGAUUACCAAGGAGGUUUCAGACCAAACAGGUCAACAACAGACCAAAUAUUUGUGAUUAGACAGACCCUUCAAAAAAUGUGGGAGUUCAAUAAAGACGUGUAUAUAUUAUUUGUGGACUUCAAGAAAGCCUACGACUCUAUGAUUUUUAAUCAUGCGUCUUAUCCCGCUAAGCCAUCAAACCACACAAAAUAA